AUGGCCAUAUUUGCUGACGAUGCGCCGCACGUGGCGGGAAGUGUGAUCAUGCUUACUGUGGUUGCCUUUAUCACUUAUGCCCUGCGGGUCUAUUGCAGACUGAGCAGAAGGUCUUGGGGUGCAGAAGACUGGAUUAUGACCUCCGCAGUGUACUUCCUGAUUUUCGAAGUUGGAUACGUAGCCGCUAUCAUUCCGAUCAAGCUCAGCAUCAGCUGGAUGCUAAUCCGAGUGGCUGAGGGGCGGAAGCUGUACAUCAAUAUCCAGUACGGCGUUAUUGCAAUGUUUGCGACGAUGAAUAUUAUUGCCCUGGUAUUCAUCCUCAUCAACUGCACCCCGCCUGAGGCUGCCUGGAAUCCGAGUCUACUUGAAAAGGGGGGUUCCUGCCGACCUGCUCAUGUUCUCACGGACAUAUACUACGCUACCACUGCUGUGAAUAUAGCCACAGACUGGGUUACGGCCUUAAUGCCUAUCCCCUUGCUGUGGCAUGUGCAGCUAGACCGCAACACGAAAGUAUCUAUCAUCGGGCUGAUGGGUUUAGGUAUACUGGCGUCUCUUUCAGCCUGUAUCCGGCUCAAGUACACCGUCAACCUCACCAAUCAAACCGACUUUCUCUUCGCAGUCGCCAAUGUGGUUAUCUGGGGCUUUGCAGAGAACGCCAUCGGCAUGAUCGUCGGGAAUAUCGCUACACUCCGUCCACUGUUCCACAGUUUUUUCGAACGAACGGUGCGCAGCAAAGGAUACAGCAGCCAAUCGCGCCGGACCGGCCCUUCGAGAUUCGCCGCCUCGUAUGAAUUAUCUGGACACGGAAAGAGCGGCAACAACACGUUCACCACAUCAGUGGUUGAUAGGGGGGUUCAUGGAAAGAACAGCGAUAGCUAUACCCAGCUGAGCGACGGGGACAGCCAGAAGCAAAUUAUCCACAAGGACGACGGCCGCGGAAAUACUGAUAUAAUGGUCAGUCGGCAGGUAAACAUCACGUACGAGUAG